AUGUCAACAACGACAACCACAGCAAUGCAAAGCAGCCACCCACCUAUCGCGCCGAACGACUUCUCAGCAAAACAGCCCGAGACAAUCCGCUUAUACCCCCUCUCCAACUACACAUUCGGCACAAAGGAAACACAACCAGAAGAAGACCCCUCCGUGCUCGCCCGCCUAAAGCGCCUCGAAGAACACUAUAACCAGCAUGGCAUGAGACGGACAUGCGAGGGGAUCCUCGUCUGCCAUGAACACAACCACCCGCACGUCCUGAUGCUUCAGAUUGCGAAUGCUUUCUUCAAGCUACCAGGCGACUACCUCUUCCACGAAGACGAAGAAAUUGACGGAUUCAAGAAGCGCUUAAACGAGCGUCUUGCGCCCGUGGGCUCACAGUUCUCUGGCGAGGGCGUGAACGAGGACUGGGAAAUCGGCGAUACACUCGCGCAGUGGUGGAGGCCCAAUUUCGAGACCUUCAUGUACCCGUUCUUGCCGGGGCAUGUUACGCGGCCGAAGGAGUGCAAGAAGCUUUAUUUCAUCCAGCUUCCAAAGAAGAAGGUCCUCUCAGUCCCGAAGAACAUGAAACUCCUCGCUGUGCCGCUCUUCGAGCUAUACGAUAACAACCAGCGAUACGGACCCCAGCUCUCGUCGAUACCGCAUCUACUGUCCCGGUAUAACUUUGAGUUUGUGGAUGAGAACGAUAAUGUUGUGGCUGCUACGCCUGGGACGGGUUCGCCUGAGGACCAGGUCCCUCGUACAAAGGUCCUUGCUGGUAGUGAUAACAAGGACGAAGAUUUGGGGAUGGCGGACUAUAACCAGGGUGCCGAGAACGGAGGGCAGGAUCAGUGA